AUGGCCUCUACAUGCAAUCACGUCCUCGUGGCCGGCGAGCUUAAGCAGUGCAUAGAACAGAAUGACCUUGAUAAGCUCCUCUACUUCACUGUUCGCUAUAAGAAUGCAGAUAAGUUGAAGAUUGCAGAGGACUACUUUACCCUGACAAACCGGAUGCUCACCGGCGACAUUGCACGCCUCGCCUCGAAGGAUGUCGGGGAACUGUUGGCAGCUAGCUGGAAAUACUAUCUAGACGUCAAAGCGACAUUCAUUCACGAUGCCUUCAAGAGUAAGACGCCCCGGCGCGGUAUCGAGCUUUCCCUUAUGUCCAGCCCCGAUGAAUGGAUAGGCCUUAGGAAGGCGUAUGCAGGGCUCUACAAAGAGGACAUGGAACAGGUAAUCCGAAAGGUGUGCCCUCAGAAUACAAUCACAACCCGAAUUCUGAUUGCCUGGAUAGCGUACAGGCGUACUCCGCGAAACAGCCCCACGGAGGACAUUGCUAACCUCUACGCUGCAGCCACUGGUAAAAGGGAUGCUUCAGAAGAAGAACCCAGUGCUACCACAGGAAAGAAGGCCAAGAAAGGCUCCAAAGGCGGCCAAGCGGCGGGCCCAGAUUGGGAUUUUAUACUGAAGAUGAUCGGAACCAGCACUCCUCAGGAAUGGGCCCGCAUAUACAGUGGCUUCGAAAAAUGCUAUUCGAUGUCUUUGUGCAGUGUUUUGAAGCCCCACAUGAACCAGGCAGACUACAGCGCCUUUGAGUUAGCCAGCAACGUCCUUUGUGACAUUGUCCAAGGAAUAGCGUGCUUGCUCCACAUCUAUGUUACUGCAAAAGACGCCGCUGGGAUCAUGGGACUGGUAUCCAUGUACUGCGACAAAUGUAACAACCUUCGCCUUGAGUAUCACAAGUUCGGAGACCUCCGAAGCGACCUCGCCCGAGUGCUGACACCCGCCUCCCUACACGCCUGCCUUGUCCUCUUACAGGUUCCCGAGUAG